CCAGCAGCGGGAGGGAAGGAGGACACAGUUAGUUGUUGUCUGUUGCUGCUGGGGACGGGCUGAGCUGUAAAGGUCGGUGUGUGUGUGAAGUGUGAACUUCCUUGACCAGAGCAGACCCCCAUCUACACUUCCCUGCGUACUUCUGAGAAGAUACUACCCAGUGGACCAACAGAGAAGAGAAAGCGAAUGAUAUAGACAAUCACCUGAGGUCCUCCACCGGAGAAGAAACCAAAUGGGGAAUCUGUUAAAAGUGCUCACUUGCACAGAGCUUGAACAGGGGCCAAACUUUUUCCUUGACUUUGAAAAUGCACAGCCGACAGAAGGGGAGCGGGAGGUGUGGAACCAGGUGAACUCGGUCCUGCAGGACUCUGAGAGCAUCCUGACAGGUCUGCAGGCGUACAAAGGGGCGGGGCAGGAGAUCAGAGAUGCGAUCCAGAAUCCCAGUGACAUGAUGCUGCAGGAGCGGGCCUGGAACUCUGUCUGCCCGCUGGUCAUCAAACUUAAAAAGUUCUACAGUUUCUCCAUCAGACUAGAGGAGGCUUUGAAGAGUUUGCUGGAAUCACUGACGUGCCCACCCCUCACACCCACUCAGCAUCUGGAGAGGGAGCAGGCACUGGCCAAACAGUUCGCAGAGAUCCUCCACUUCACUCUGCGCUUUGACGAACUCAAGAUGAGAAUUCCUGCCAUCCAGAACGACUUCAGCUACUACAGAAGGACCAUCAGUCGAAACCGGAUAAACAACAUGAACUUGGACAUAGAAAAUGAAGUCAACAACGAGAUGGCCAAUAGGAUGUCUCUGUUCUACGCUGAGGCCACGCCCAUGCUGAAGACACUGAGCACCGCUACGACAAACUUUGUGACGGAGAACAAAACUCUUCCGCUGGAGAACACGACAGAUUGUCUCAGCACCAUGGCCAGCGUCUGCAAGGUCAUGUUGGAAACACCAGAGUAUUCGAGUCGCUUCAGCAGCGAGGACACACUUUUGUUCUGCAUGAGGGUGAUGGUGGGAGUCAUCAUUCUUUACGACCAUGUCCAUCCUAACGGGGCUUUUAACAAGUCCUCCAAGAUAGAUAUGAAAGGCUGCAUAAAAGUGCUGAAGGACCAACCGGCAGAUAAUGUUGAAGGGCUCUUGAACGCUCUCAAAUUCACCACAAAACACCUGAACGACGAGUCCACCCCAAAGAACAUCCGGACUAUGCUCCAGUAACAUUUUUAUCUUUUUAUAAAUACUGAUAUGAAGAGGAUCAUUGCAACCUCAGACAAGAUGUAAAUGUUUACAUUAUUUAAAAAGGUUUGUUCUUCCUACUUGUGUGCGCCGUGCAAAAAUCACACACUCCAGUUUAUUUAGCCCUCUUCUGCUUUCCCACCGAGAGACCACGAGAGCGUCCUGCGGACGGCUUCUCAACGCUGUCUGAGCACAAACCGUUGCUACCCGUUAGCCUUACUGGAUGUAGAAAAACGAUCUUUGUAAGCUGCACUUGCAGCUAAAUGAGCAAGGCAGCAUAAAAAUCUUCUUAAAUGACACAUUUUAGCUGACGGUGAAAUUAGUUUAAUGUUGGACUUCAAAUUAGAUUCUUCUGAUGCAGAAUAAAUGCUUGUUUCUGGGAUAGCGACUUCAGAAAACCCAGCUUCAGUUCGUGUUUGCGUCCCCAUGCGAGAUUUCUAAGAAAGGCUUUAAAGCCGGCGACCAUCGCAGGAGCUCUGGUGGUCUGGACCUCGCCGUUGAAAAGAAGAACCGAUGAACGUUCCUGCAUGUCCAGGGAGAUGCUGGCGGGCGUGUUGACCAACCAGCCAUCAGGAAUGAGCCAAUCAGAUGUUUUGUUAAGCUGUGCCAACUUUUUGAGUGAAUCCCCUCUUUACAGUGCUGCCUACAUUUUCCCCCACCCCUGGUAGAAAGGAAUGCGUCUUUUCUUACAGCCGCUUGAGCUCACGCCGGAUGAGAUCCGAAAACGGCAACAUUUAAUAUGCGAGGUAAAAGGUCGUCGAUCUGACGCGCCGUCUUCUCGGCUCGCCGUGUGUGUGGCGGCAGGCUUUGAAACUCAGGCUUACCCGUGUUUUAUUUCGGGCCGAACCCAGCUGGGUUCUUCUGACCAAAGCACACAGUUCUAGCUGAGAUUCAGCUGAGUUCAUGGUUUUAGGAAGCAUAUGGGUCCUGCUCCGUCUAGGGGAGGCAUUUACAGGGCUGUCACCUCAUACUUCUGCCCAGCACAGGCAGCGCAUUUUGGUUGCAUUUAACUCAUUCAAUCAAAUCUUAAUUUAAAGGUGCUCGAGUUUCAUUUAUUUUUUUCAAGGUUAUUUAAAAAUAAAAUCCUUUAAAAGGGUGUAUUUUAUUAGUAACUGCCAGUGUUAUCUCCCCUACACCCCGCAACUCAAUAAAUGUACAAAUAAACAGCGGGAUUAUUUUAUGGUUGUGCUACUGCAAUAAAAGUUCAAUUUAUCUUCACUUUUUACACAUCUUUAACGUCUGGCUCAAUAAAUCUGCCCGCCGCUUUAACUGAGAGACCAAAAGUAUUUAAUUUUAAAUAAAUUCCACUCAGUAGAGCAGAGAUGUUGUUAACCCAGAGAUGGAGACUUUAAAGGGCAAAAACAAUCACCUGUUCUCCAAAGUGCCCUGUUGUAUAGCUUUGAACUGAAAUGUGUUUGGCAAGUUUGGUAUGUUUUCAAUUCAACCCCACCCAACAAAAAAAAAAAUUGCCUUAAACGAAGCUGUUGAAGGAAAGUGAAGCGGGUCCUCCAGCUGCUUCUUUUCCUCCGUGGACGUUCCUGACUGUUCCUUCAGGCGACCCGUGUUCUCAAACUAGGAUGGACAAUCUGUGACUGUUAAAACUGGUUCUUUUUUAUUAUAAACUCUGAAGACCGUAUGUGUACUAAUGGACGUAAACGGUGCUUAAAAUCCGCUUCCACAAAAGCUUUUUUUUUUUUAGACAACCCAAACCUGGUAGUCACUGUGGAAGUGCCGGAGGGCUGUCUCGAUCGACCUGCAUUGCCUUAAAUACGCUGACAAAGGUCUUACCCUGUGAAGCACGGAAAAACCUUUCUGUUUGUGUUGUAUUGCAUCCAUGAAGCCAUACGUGUAAAAUGACGCAUAAUCCUGUCCCAUUAUUAACGUGUCAGACUAACAUCACUUUAACAUCUGCUGUUCGUAUCAUCCGAUUGUAUUUCAACAUAUUUCCAGUAAUGGGUGUGAGCCACAUGUCGGAUGCAAUGACAUGCAGAUCCAGGUAUAUGCAUCGUCUGUCUCAGCUCCGACUGAAGUGACCUCCAUCUUCUGUCAGGGGCCGCGCACACAGCACUUCCCUCGUCGGCCCCCGACAUGUGCGACUGUGUGUUGAACGCGAGACGUCGUUUAAAAAUAAUCUUUAUUCUUGUUUUCUUUAACUGACAGUUCUUGUUUAAUACUGUGGAGAUUCCUACUCACCAUUUAUGGAAGUUGCUCUGGCUGUGUUCUCGCAAACUGUAUGGGAGGUUUGGAUUGGACAAUAAAGGUGGUACAUUUCUUAAA